UUUCUAUUUCGUGUUAUGUUCGAUGACUACUUCCCUAGAAAAAAAAAUAGGGCUUUUUUUCAGUCAAUAAUUUUCACACAAAAUCCAACAAUUCCCAAUUCAGAGAGACUGAUAACCAUCGAUUCACGUAUUACAAUCAUCAUCGCCGCUAAUUGAAACAGUCAUCGCGAUCCAUCGGCAAUCAGAGAUAGAUAUAGAUAUACAUAUGUGCUAUGAAAACCAAUAUGAAGCGAUAUCUACUAUCCAAACAUCAAAACGAAAGUGAGAAUAAUGAAAAACAGGAAAUGACGUCAUCAUCAACAGAUUUAGCAUCUCACGGCGAUGUUUUGAUGGAAAUCCUGUUAAGGUUACCCAUCCGAUCUUUACUCCGAUCAAAAUGUGUAUCCAAACAGUGGCGUGCCGCGAUUUCGGAUCAUCGUUUCUCUUUGUUACGAAGCCUUAAGGAUAACCCGCCUUCCGGGCUGUUUCUUCAAAGAAUUCAUGGUAAUGUUAAUAAGGAGUAUGAUUUCGUUUCCUUAGAUUGCGAAAGCCUCGAUUUUAAACCUCCUUUUAAAACCUUGAAUUUUGAAGAGGGUUCGAUGGUUUUGCAUUCGUGUAAAGGUUUAAUGUUGUGUCAUAGAUUGCAUGAAUAUUUUUGUAAUGAUUCCAAACAGAUCGUGUAUUAUGCAAUGUAUUAUGUUUAUAAUCCAACUAUUAAUAAAUAUAUUUCCCUUCCCAAAUUUGAAGGGAAAGGGGCCGAACGUAGACCUCGUGGUUUGACGUUAGCUUUUGAUCCGUUGAAAUCGCCUUAUUAUAUGGUCAUAUGUGUUAUUGGGUUUUCGUGGAGUGAACACUUGUAUGAUAUAGGGAUUUACUCGUCGGAGAGCAAGAGUUGGAGGAGGUUUGAAAAGCCGUUUUCUAGUCAUAUUGAUACAGAGUUUACUGGUGGGGUUUAUUGGAAUAACGCGGUUCAUUGGAUUAACAAGAAAGGGUUUGUUUUGUAUCUAAAGAUUGAUGAUAAUGAAGGCAGCCUUGAUGAAAUUAGUAUACCUGUUAGUUAUAAUAAUGGCUGGAAUGUUAAGCGCCAUUGUUAUCCUUUAGUUGAAUCUCGUGAUUGUUUGUUGUUUAUUGAUACAAAUGUUCCUCAAUCAAGUAUGCAGUUUGAUGUUUAUGAAAUGGAUAGGGACUAUUCAGGGUGGACUGUGAAAUACCAUGUUGAUCUUAACCAAAUGACUAGUAAAUUCCCAGAAAUGACUGAUGCAACACGCUCCGUUUAUGGCGUUUUAAGGCCACGACAAUCGUUUGUAAUACAUUGUCUUGUUUUGGGGAAAAGAGAAGAGGACUCGUUUAUAGUGUUGGAAAUACCCGGGAAGGCUAUCAGAUACAAUAUAAUGUUGAAGACUUAUCAGCAGCUUUGUGAACUUAAAUUGUGUCGACCGUCUAGGUUGUCUGUUGGAGAUGAUGGCUUUUCGAAACUAGGCAGGUGGCCCGGUGCUUUUCUCUUUGUCGAGUCGCUUACUUAUGUCUAAUGGAAAUGUAGGAAGAAUAAAAUCCAUUGUUUUCAUAGGUUUGUUGUUUGUUAAACAUAUACUUGUCGUCUUUGCUUUGCC